AUGGACGGAACGGAGGACGAGAGAAAAAGAGAGAUCGAUGCUCGCUUCAAAGCACUGCCAUGUCAUCCCACCCUUCGUCACUUCACCAAUGGCACCUCUGUCAUUAAACAAUGGACAGGGUCGGAGUACCGAAGUCUGGCGAAAACAUUUCUUGGUGUUGUCCACGAUGCGGUCGAUGAGAAGGUGGCGGCUGUCACGCGUCACUUUCUUGAUUUCAUGGGCUAUGCCCAUCUACAAGUCCAUACCGAUGACUCUCUGGCUGCGAUGAAGGAGGCGUGGACAGCAAUGCAUAAAGACAUUGAGGUCUUUAAGCGACUUGGUCCCGAGCGAACAGAUUUCAAUAUCCCGAAGUUUCAUAAUAUUCGACACCAUAUGGAGAGUAUUCGGUUGCUGGGCACUGAAGAUGGGCACUGA